CAAGCAAAUCAUCAGUUUCAGUUCAAAGUUGUAGCGAAUUGCGAAAAUGAAGGUUUUUACUAUUGCAUUGUUCAUUACAAGCUUUUUUGCUUUCAACAGCGUCAGUCAACUGUUGGAUCCAAACUCUUUCUUCAGAGGAUUCCUUGAAACUUCCAAAAACAACUUUGCAUGUGGCUUCCCAGGUGUGAAUGUUCCAUCAUUGGAUCCAUUCCAGCUUUCUUCAUAUUCAACAUCUUUCGGUUCGGUUGGAGGAAUUUCCAACGUACAAAUUACUGUUGAUAAUGCUGCUGUUACUGGAUUGAGCAACUUCAAUAUUCUCGCUUUUGAUUCAAAUUUCCUCAGCUUGAGCAUCACUUUCUUGUUCAACUUCCCUCAAUUGAACAUUAAUGGAAUGCACACCACAUCUUACGAUGAUUCACCAUUUGGCGGUGGAAACAUUGAAAAUGGAGCUGGGACACUUCUUGGAUCUGCAUCAAACGUUCAAGUUGGUGUGACUCUCGGAUUCAGUUUGUUCCCCUUCGGAUUGUCAUCUCAAAAUGUGAAUAGUGUUUCAGUAGGAAGCACAAGUUUCACAGCUGAUGGAUUUUCAACUGCAGCUAAGAACACUCAAUUCAACAACGCUCUUAGCAAUGGCAUUCCAAACUGGGUCGCCAACAAUUUGCCUUCAAUUAAUUCCCAAUUACAAGCUGCCUUUGUUGACUAUGCCAAUGAACGUUUGAGCGGAUUCUUCAGCGUGGACAGUAUCAUCAAUACAAUGACCAGCUAUGUCCCACCAGCUUGCAACUAAAUUGUGCUGAGACUCUUACCAUUUAUUCCAACAAAAACUACCUCAUCCCAUAAAAAAUUAAAUGUAAUAAACUUUUCAAUUGAAAAAGAAAAUUAUUAAAGAGAAUGAAACAUCUGUAGCACAAAAAAUAUCUUUGAGUUUAAUUAUUCUUUCUUCUUGAAUUGAAAUUUCGCAAUGAUGAAUAAAAUGUUGCAAACUGACAAAGUUGUUUGUGAUUAAUGCAUAAAAAAUGUUAUGACCAUCGUCUGAUUUAAGUAGAAAUAAUUCAUCAA